AUGUCUAGAACAAGUUAUUUUACGUCACCUGAUUUCAGUAAUCAGCCAACAUCUUUACCCAACGCUAUAAUGCAGCAAAUCAACAAUAAAAAUAAAAUUGAGAGCAGUUACUGCAAGGAGUGUGAUGUAGCGGUUCAAAACAUCGCUAUACAUUCACGUAGCGAAGGACAUCGACGCGUUGUUCGUCAAUUGCUAGAGGACAACAUAAAAAUCGUGAAAAGUGCAUACAAUAAUAAUAUUAUUACAUACGAGUAUGAAAACUCUAAAAACAUUUUGCUGCCAAACGAACUUUUGAUAGAUGCGAAAGAACGCCUUGUUACUCUAAUAAAUACGAAUUUACACAAAAAGACAACAAUUAAGUUCAAUAUUGAGCUUCAAGGAGAAUACAUUAAGCCUACAAAUGAACAAGAUGGUCCAUCAACAUCAAAGGAUGCUGCUGUAAGCACUAAAGUGUUUACUCAUAUGUCCAAGAUGACCUUGCUAACUUUGGCGGAUGAUGUAAAUGAAGUCUUCCUUAACCAUGCUGACCAUAUUCUUAACAAUAUGUCAGAAUUUCAGGAGAGAGAUUCUGGCUGGGCUUUACAGAAAAUUCUUAAAAUUGAUGUUAACAUUAAUAAAGCCAGUUUGACACGCGGUUCCCAGUAUAUUGAAACACCAUUUUCAUUAGCAAAAAAGAAAGCCUGUUUGAACAUUAGAAAUAAUGAUGAAUUCUGUUUUAAAUGGUGUGUGGUGUCCGCACUCGGUGAACCAGCAAAUGGAAGCCGAAUCUAUACAUCAUCCUACAACAUUGAUAUAAGACAGGAAGUCUUGUAUCUCCAAACGGGGAUAGUUGUGGAUUUUAGAGGAUUGACAUUCCCGUUGCCACUUAAAAGCAUAAAAAUUUUCGAAGAAAAUAAUAAUAACAUCAGUGUUAACGUGUUUGGCUACGAAAAUGGGGAAGUUGUUGGUCCUUACUACCUUACCAAAAAGAAUAAGCAUCAUCAUAUCAACUUGUUGUUAUUACAUAAUGGAGAACAAUUUCAUUACAUACAUAUUUUAGAUAUGUCACGGUUAUUGAGAAACCAGCUAACAAAACAUAUGAAUGCAACUCAUAUUUGUGAUGGAUGCCUACAACAUUUUACCACACAUAAAAUCCUUGAAGGACACAAGAAGGAAUGCGGAGGUGUUGUGACAAUUUUACCCGAAAAGGACAACAGCACAUUGAAAUUUAAAAAUUUUCAUAAAAAGGAGAGAGUGCCCUUUGUUGUAUAUGCUGAUGCAGAAAGUAUUUUGGAGGACGUUAGUUGGGGUACCAUUAACGGGAAAAAAACGGUAACGGUAAAAAAACAUAUACCAUGUGCAUUUAGUUAUAGUAUACAUUGUAGUUUAGAUAAUAAUUUAAAUAAGUUCAAAUCUUUUAGUGGUCCCAAUGCAGCCAAUGACUUCUUAGAAAAUCUUAUUAAAGAUUCUAAAUAUAUUUAUAAUAAUUAUUUAACGAAGACUAGACCAAUGAAUCGUUUGACACCCUUAGAAUUAGAGGACUUUGAUAGCAGUAGACUAUGUCACAUAUGUGAAAAAGAGUUAGGAAAUGAUAGAGUUAAAGACCAUUGCCAUUUAACAGGUAAAUAUCGAGGGGCUGCACACAAUAGUUGCAAUUUAGAAUAUCGUGUUGCCCGUUUUGUCCCAAUUCUUUUUCAUAAUUUCUCAUCAUACGACUGUCAUCUUUUCAUCAAAGAGUUAGUCAGAUUUGGAGGUGAUAUCAGCGUUAUUCCUCUAAAUAAAGAAAAAUACGUGUCCAUGUCAUAUUUUGUUAAAACGAAAGAGUUCGCAAGCACUUUAGAUGACAAUUCUAUUCAUUCUGAAAAAAGAGAGAAAAAUGCACCUAACCUAGAAUUAAGAUUCUUAGACAGUUUUAGGUUUAUGUCAGCAAGUUUGGAUAGUUUAGCGAAAAAUCUUCCGCCCUCUGAAUUUAAGGCAGUGAGAACACAAUUUCCAAAUGAUGCCGACUUUAACCUCAUGACUAGAAAGGGUGUUUUUCCGUAUGAAUAUAUAUCUUCUUUCAACAAAUUAUUAGAAAAUCAAUUGCCCUCCAGAGAAGAAUUUCAUAAUAAGUUGACAGAUAGUGAGUGUUCAUUAGAGGACUAUGAACAUGCAUUGCGUGUUUGGAACCACUUUAAUUGUCAGACUCUUAAAGAUUAUUUAGAAUUGUAUCUAAAAACAGAUGUUUUGCUUUUGGCUGACAUAUUCGAAAAUUUCCGUGAUCUAUGCAUACGAGUUCAUAAACUUGAUCCAUGCCAAUAUAUAACAGCUCCUUCACUGUCUUGGGAUGCCAUGCUGCUUUGUACUGGGGUUGAACUUGAGCUUUUUACAGACAUUAAUAUGUAUAAUUUUUGUAAAAAUGGUAUUAGAGGAGGGCUAACUCAAUGUUCAACUAGACACUCUGUCGCCAAUAACCCUAGUAUGUCAAAUUAUGAUCAGAGUAAACCUGACGUUAAUAUUUACUACUUAGAUGUUAAUAAUUUGUAUGGAAUGGCUAUGACUCAAUAUCUCCCAAUAAAGGAUUUUAAGUGGGUAGAAGAGGAAGAACUGGAAAAGUUUAAUGACAUUAAUAAAAUAUUAUCAAUUCCGGAUGAUUCUCCAACUGGUUUCAUUUUCGAUGUAGAAAUCGAAUAUCCAGCCAAUCUUCAUGAUAUACAUAAUGAUUUACCCUUUUGCCCUGAAAACAAAUGUAUUGGGGGAUCCAAGACCAAAAAACUAAUUGCAGAUUUUUCAGACAAAAAGUCUUACACCAUUCAUUAUAGAGUUUUAAAGCAGUGUUUGAAACAUAACUUAAUACUUAAAAAAGUAAAUAGAUGUUUAUCAUUCACUCAAUCUAAUUGGCUGGAAAAAUAUAUUAUGAAAAAUAAUAAUCUUCGAGCCAAAGCUACAAAUGCUUUUGAAAAAGAUUUAUACAAAUUAUUCAAUAAUUCAGUUUACGGAAAAACAAUGGAAAAUGUUGACAAAAGGAAAAUUGUUCAGAUUAGAACUCAUUGGGAGUCACAUGGAAAACGAUUGGGUGCUAGAGAUUUUAUUUCAAAACCAAAUUUCCAUAGUUUAUCACAAUUUUCGGAAGAUAUGGUGGCGAUUGAAAUGAAUAAGGUCAAAGUAAAGUAUGAUAAACCCAUUUAUUUAGGAUUCUGCGUUUUAGAGAUAUCCAAAUGGGUGAUGUAUGAUUUCCUAUACGACUUUUUAAAAGUAAAGUUUGGAAAUGAUUUCAUACUGAACUAUAUGGAUACCGAUUCGUUUAUAUUAACAUUUUUUGGUCGAGACCUUUAUCGAGAACUAACACUAGACGACAUAAAGGCACGAUUCGAUACAUCUGAUUUCUCUCCAUCUAACGUUUAUAAACUACCGCUUCUUAAUAAAAAGGUUAUAGGUAUGAUGAAAGAUGAGAACGCAGGUAAAACUAUGAUUGAGUUUGUCGGUCUUCGACCAAAAAUGUAUGCCAUUAAAGUGAGUGAUAGCGAAGAAGUAAAAAAAUCUAAGGGUGUCAAAAAAUGUGUAUUAAAGAAAUAUACAAUUGAUACGUACAGAGAUUGUCUGUAUAAUAAACAAAAUUAUUUUAAUAGCAUGUACACAUUUAGAUCAAGGAAACAUGAUGUAUAUACAGAUAGGAUAACCAAAGUUUGUCUCAGUUUUCAAGAUGACAAACGGUUUAUUAGGGAAGAUGGUAUACAUACGUAUGCUUGGGGACACUACAGGAUUAACGAGGACUUUACAGAUCUAAGCAAUUUACAUUCAACAAUCCCAAUGGAUGUAGAUUUGGACCUCAAUGAAUUACAAAAUUCAAACUUAGGUACAAUAGAUGAGGUUUUAGACUUUGCUAGUAACAAUGGGAAUACAUCUCCCAUGAAUGUAGAAAAUAUAUUAUCAAAUUUUGGCGCAUUAAACUCAUUAGACUUAGCACAUAUACCACUAUUAGAUUUGAAUUUAAAUAUUAAUGAUAUACAUAACAUAGAAUUACCUUCGCCAAUAGAAGAACAAUCUAUUUUUAAUAUGCUAAAUUAA